UGCACCCGGUCUUGUUGUCCUCAGGACGCUAUAAAAACGCGACUCCUUCUCUGGUAACAACAUCACUCCCUCAUCUGACACCAGAGAGACAUCACCUUCACACGGAAACGACAGACGUCACCUGAAAAUAAAAAUGGACCCUUGCGACUGCUCUAAGAGUGGAACCUGCAACUGCGGAGGAUCCUGCACCUGCAAAAACUGCUCCUGCACCAGCUGCAAGAAGAGCUGCUGCCCAUGCUGCCCAUCCGGCUGCACCAAAUGCGCCUCUGGCUGCGUGUGCAAAGGGAAGACUUGUGACACCAGCUGCUGCCAGUGAGGAGGCUGCCAGUCACAUCAGCGUCUUCUGCCCUUGUGAUGGAACCUUUGUCAACUACUUUAAAUUAAUUGCACUUGCAAAUGUUUACUGAGAAUAAUGCAUUUUGUACUAAAUGUCUUGAAUGUUGAAAUAAACAUGUUUCCUUAAUGUGGA